UGUAAUCUUGGAACAGCAGUGGGUUAUGAAAUUCGAUUUGAAGACUAUACUUCUGAAACAUCAGAUCUUGAUCAUUAUAAUACUGUUGUAAUGGACAAAUCUCAUGAACAUUCACUACAGACUAAUGUUUUAAUUGGUUUAUUAAGACAAG